GGCUUACUUUAAUCGCUGCACCGAGUUUGAAUCCCCUCCCGUAAUUUAGAUGUUUGUGGCGCUCACACCGCUCAAAUUUCGUCGCUCAUCCUCCGCUUCGCACCCCUAAAGCAGCCGCGCAUCAGCAGCCCUGUUUGCGUGACUAGGAGUCCACGGUCCCUUGCAGCAUUUAGGAUUUAAUCAUAUUUGGAUCAAACCUUUGAAAUUUCCUUAAAAUGAUGACCCUUUCUUCAAUCUCUCGGUUCAUGUCCUCCUCAGUUGGCCGCAAAAGUCACAAAUUCUCAAUCUUGCGGUUCUCUGCUGCCUCAGAUGGGGAGAUAGUCUACAAUCGGCUGCAGGAAAAUGGUGGCAACAUUGAGAAAACCCUUUCAUCAAUCAAUGUCCACUUGGACUCCAAAUGUGUAAGUCAGGUCUUAAAGAGAUGCUAUCGUAGCCAAUCCCAAAUGGGUCUUAGGUUUUUCAUAUGGGCUGGUCUUCACUCCAGUUAUAGGCAUAGCUAUUUAAUGUACAGCAAAGCUUGUGAACUGUGUGAGAUUAAGCUAAACCCAAGUGUGAUUUUUGAUGUUUUGGAAGCUUAUAGAAUUGAAGGGCGCUUUGUUAGUCUUAAGGCAUUUAAGGUUGUCUUUAAUUUAUGUAAAGAAGCUAAGCUUGCCGAUGAAGCUUUGAGGGUAUUAAGGAAAAUACCGGAUUUUGGUUUGCGUCCAGAUACUACUGUGUAUAAUGUUGUUAUAAGGUUGUUUUGCGAUAAAGGUGAUAUGAAUACGGCUGAAAGUUUGGUGAAAGAGAUGGGCUUGGUGGAUCUUUUGCCCGAUUUGAUCACGUACAUGGUAAUGAUUAAGGGGUUUUGUAAGGUGGGUCGGUUAGAUGAUGCUUGUGGGUUGUUUAAGGUUAUGAAGGGACAUGGUUGUUUGCCUAAUGCUGUGGUGUACUCAGCACUUCUUGAUGGGUUUUGUAGGUCUGAGAAAAUGGAGAGAGCUUUGGAGUUAUUGACAGAGAUGGAGAAGGAAGGUGGGGAUUGUAGCCCUAAUGUAGUAACAUAUACGUCUGUGAUUCAAAAGCUUUGUGACAAGGGUCGGUUGAAAGAGGCGUUGGUUAUUUUGGACCGAAUGGAAGCUUGUGGAUGUGCCCCAAGUCGCGUAACGGUUAGUGCUCUAAUUAAGAGUUUUUGUAUGGAGGAUCAAGUUGAAGAGGCUUAUAAACUGAUUGAUAGAGUUGUUGUGGGACGCAGUGUUACAUAUAGUGAUUGCUAUAGCUCUCUUGUUGUGUCUUUGGCAAGAGGUAGAAAACCUGAAGAGGCAGAGAAGGUCUUGAGGAUGAUGCUUGAUAGUGGAGUGAAACCAAAUAGUUUGGCGUGUAGCAUUAUGUUAAAAAAGAUUUGUUUGGAAGGACGGGUGAUAGAUGGAUUUUGCUUGUUUGAUGAACUUGAGAAGAUGGAAUGCUUGUCUUCCAUUGACUCUGAUACUUACUCAAUUCUUUUAGUGGGCCUUUGUGAACAAAAGCAUUUAGUGGAGGCGGCAAAGCUGGCAAGGCUAAUGCUAAAGAAAGAAAUUAAGCUGAAAGCUCCUUAUGUUGACAGUAUAGCUGAGAUCCUGAAGAAAUCCGGAGAUGAGGAGUUAGUCAAGCAUGUGGGUAGAAUUGCAUUUUGAAGUUUAACAAAAGACAAUGCUCACCUGUUUUUAUGGAUUUUCUUUGCUUAUCUGGAAUUGGGUUCUUCUCCUAAGCUCAAAGUCUCAAACCUAGUAGAAAACAAUCAGUGAGUUAAGUUGGUAGGUGUGGAAGAAGGGAAUUCAUGCCCUGGAAAUACAAUUUUGGUAGCAGAAGCAUUGUUGGUUCGGAUGCAAAACGGGUUUAUCAGUGCAGGGGCUCAUGCGCUGUUUUACCCAACUCUGCUUUAAAAUGUCAUUGGGAAUAAGCUUUAGGCUGAGUUUCUGUGGUGGGACAAGGUCGAUGAGUGCCACGGAAGUAACCAUCUGGUGAUUCCUACAAGAGAUUACUGCUUUGCACCAUCACUGAGUGAUACAUGUUGUGCUGUAGACUUCAUUCAUGAUGACACCUGAUUCUGCCUAUGAAUGAAUAUCUGAAGUCAAUUUGUCCAAGGUUGCUUUUAGCCUCUUCUCAGUGGCAGGUAACUUAAGAAACUCAAUGUGAUUUGUAAUGACAUUGUGGGCUCAUUCUCCCUGCCUAGGAAUCUGGUGUUCAAAACCCUGGAAGUUUUGUUCAAUUUUCUUUCUUGUGGGAAUUUUGGUGUUUUUUUUUGUAGGUGAUUCUAAUUCGUAUUUGAUUUAUGUUUACUGGUUUAGUUAUUGACUUGCAAUUUGUUUUUUCUGUUGUGUGUCUAUGUAUGUGAUGAAGAAUAGUGGAUAAGAAAAAUGCAUUGAGUGCCUGAUUAAGUUUUCUCUGCAUUUGGCAGUAAUAAUCUAUGAGUUUAAUAUCCUUGUUUGUCUGAUUAUCUUGGCUAUGCAAAAAAGUAUAAUUUCUGAAUGAUCUGCAGACAUUGAAUUCCCAAACAGUCAAGGCACCGAUUCUUUAAUUUAAUUUUCUCAGUUCAUUUGUUAAUGGUGGA